UUGAUGCGACUGGGGACUUGAUUGACAUUUUGGGCAUCUGUGAUAUGAAAAUUGUGUAAAUAGACAUAAAUUUAUGCCGCCUUUCGUUUUCAACUUGUUUUGUUAAUUUUCUAAUAUGCUUGAUCCGUCGUCAAGCGAAGAGGAAUCGGAAAAUGAUACCCUUGAAGACGAAAAUUCGGAUGUUCUCAGUUUGCCAAGUGCUGAGCAACGAAGCUUGUCAGCUAGCGGGGAUAACUUGAGUGUGGUUGGGGGACAUUCACGGUCCAACAGUAUUCGUCCGUCAAGUCCUAGUCCAUCGUUAAUAAGUGAUCGUGAAAAAAUAGAAGAUGUGGAAAAACUCGAAAGAGAGGAAGAAGAAAGAAAGAAGCGUCUUCAAUUGUAUGUUUUUGUUAUGCGAUGCAUCGCUUAUCCAUUUAAUGCAAAGCAGCCGACAGAUAUGGCAAGAAGGCAAACCAAAGUAACUAAGCAGCAAUUACAAACUAUCAAAGAAAGGUUCCAUUCUUUUUUAAAUGGUGAAACACAAAUAGUGGCGGACGAAGCAUUUAUAAAUGCUGUUCAGAGUUAUUAUGAGGUGUUUUUAAAAAGUGAUCGUGUCGCUAACAUGGUUCGAAGUGGAGGGUGUUCCUCAAAUGACUUCCGUGAAGUAUUCAAGAAUAACAUUGAAAAACGUGUGCGAAGUUUACCAGAAAUUGAUGGGUUAAGUAAAGAAACGGUACUCAGUUCUUGGAUGGCCAAAUUUGAUGCAAUAUACCGUGGGGAAGAGGAUCCUCGAAAACAGCCACAAAGAAUGACAACUGCUGCAUCAGAACUCAUACUCAGUAAAGAACAAUUGUAUGAAAUGUUUCAAAACAUAUUAAAUGUGAAAAAGUACGAACACCAAAUUCUGUAUAAUGCCUGUCAAUUGGAUAAUGCCGAUGAGCAGGCUGCCCAGGUUAGACGAGAACUUGAUAAUAGAUUACAAAUGGUGGAAAUGAUGGCAAGAACGAGACGUCAUCCAAAGUUUGUUGUAAAAGAGAUGGAGAGUAUGUACAUAGAUGAAUUAAAAGCAUCAAUCAAUAUGUUAAUGGCUAAUCUAGAGAGUUUACCUGUCUCUAAAGGUGGAGCAGAUUCUAAAUAUUCACUACAAAAACUCAAACGAUACAACAGGGCACAGCAUUCAUCUUUGUCUAAAAUAGAUAUGAAUGAUACCGACACGGAUCCUGGUUUAUCGAAGUUAGAUGUUGUCCUUUCUUUUACAUUAGAGGUACACGUGAUAGAAGUAAAAGGAUUAAAGGCUUUAGCAUCGAAUAAGAUAGUUUAUUGUACUAUGGAGGUAGAGGGUGGAGAAAAACUACAAACAGAUCAAGCGGAAGCAUCAAAACCAUGUUGGGAUACACAAGGUGAUUUUACUACGACUCAUCCACUACCUGUUGUUAAAGUGAAAUUAUUUACUGAAAGUUCUGGUAUGCUUAGUCUAGAAGAUAAAGAGCUGGGCAAGGUUGUGAUUCGUCCAACGUGUAAUAGUGGGCGGAUACCAGAAUGGUUUAAAAUGACAACCACGAAGAAUUUUCCUGAUGAUCUCAAGAUAAAGAUAGCAGUGAGAAUAGAUAAACCAAAUAACCUAAAACACUGUGGAAACCUGUAUGCAUUAGGAAAAACAGUUUGGAAGAAAUGGAAGAAAAGAUACUUUGUUUUAGUUCAAGUAUCACAAUAUACAUUUGCUAUGUGCAGUUACCGUGAAAAGAAACCAGAUCCAACAGAAAUGAUGCAAUUAGAUGGAUUUACUGUGGAUUAUUGUGAACCAUUACCAGAAUUAGAAGGUGGAAGAUAUUUCUUUAACUUAGUAAAGGAGGGAGAUAAUGUUACGUUUGCUACUGAAGAUGAUGCAGAGAGAGCAUUAUGGGUACAAGCCAUCUAUCGAGCAACGGGACAAACACAUAAACCAGUACCGCCUGUUGUACAAACAAAUAAAAUCAGUAACACCCAAAUAUCCAGGAUGCAAGGAGAUGCUGACCGAGCCAGAAAACAUGGUCUAGAUGAGUUUGUUCAGGCCAAUCCAUGUAAUUUUGAACAUCAUGAAUCAUUUCAACUGUUACAAACCCUGACUUUAGAUUAUAGACUAAAUGAUGCCUAUACAUGUUUAGGAUGGUUUAGUCCAGGUCAAGUAUUUGUAUUAGAUGAAUAUUGUGCUAGAUAUGGUAAUCGUGGCUGCCAUCGUCAUCUGUGUUAUCUCAAUGAUCUGUUAGAGCGAGCAGAGAAAGGCAUAAUGAUUGACCCUACUCUCAUCCACUACAGUUUCGCCUUUUGUGCCUCCCAUGUCCACGGAAAUCGACCUGAUGGUAUCGGAACAGUUUUAUUAGCAGAAAGAGAAAAGUUUGAUGAAAUCAAGGAAAGAUUAAGAAUAUUACUGGAAAACCAGAUUACUCAUUUUAGAUACUGUUUUCCAUUUGGUCGUCCUGAUGGGGCAUUGAAAGCAACACUGUCUCUCUUAGAACGGGUAUUAAUGAAAGACAUUGUUACACCAGUACCACCUGAAGAAGUUCGACAGGUUAUUAAAAAAUGUCUUGAAAAUGCAGCACUCGUCAAUUAUACUCGAAUAUCAGAAUAUGCUAAAAUCGAAGAUAGUUUAAACGAUGAGGUCCCUCCUAAAAAGAAGUUAGACGAUGUUAUGCAUCUAGCAGAACGAUGUAUUGAGGUAUUGCAGCAGAAUGAAGAACACCAUGCCGAGGCGUAUAAAUCGGCAUUUGCAUGGUUUAGUGAUUUGCUAGUGGAACAUGCCGAGAUAUUUUGGUCGUUAUUUGGUGUGGAUAUGAAUGCCGUGUUAGAAUCACAGCCACCAGAUACCUGGGAUAGUUUCCCACUCUUCCAAUUACUUAACGAUUAUCUUCGUUCUGAUGAAAAUUUAUGCAAUGGCCGAUUUCACCAACAUCUUCGUGAUGUAUUUGCUCCUCAAGUUGUCCGCUACGUCGAUUUAAUGGAAUCUUCUAUCGCACAAUCAAUACAUAAAGGAUUUGAAAGAGAAAAGUGGGAACCUCAGGGAAAUGGUUGUUCAACAUCAGAAGAUAUGUUAUGGAAGUUAGAUGCACUACAGGCUUUUAUUCGUGAUCUUCACUGGCCAGAAGAGGUUUUUGCUGAACAUCUAGAUCAUAGAUUAAAAUUGAUGGCGGCAGACAUGAUAGAAGCAGCAGCUAAAAGGACAUUGAAGUAUUUUGAGAGUUAUCUACGUAAAGGUGGUAAAGGAUCUGACUAUAUAUCACCUGGAGAGAUCUGUACCAUGAUGAACGUCAUCAUAGACUGUAAAAAUAAGGCUCUACAUUUGUGUGCCUUGGACAGUGGUCAAAAUAUGCAUCAGUAUCACACCAAGAUUGAUGAAUUUCUAGAACGUGUACAGAUUCAAAUGGUUAAAUGUCUGGUCGAAAAGUUAUUAACGGUAUUGGAAGCUGUAUUAAGUAAACUAGCCCGUUAUGACGAAGGAACUUUUUUUGCUUCCAUACUAUCUUUAACAAAACCUGUCAAUGAGCUGGGUAAAGCCUAUGUUGAUUUUAUGAGAUGUAACUUGGAUCAGUUACGACAGAAGAUAACAGAUGAGUUGUAUACGUUAUCUAUGUUUGAGGAAUGGUAUACAGGACAGAUGAAGAUGAUGUGUGAUUGGUUGACCGAUAGAUUAGAUCUAUCUUUACACCCUUAUCAACUCAAAUGUUUAAUGAAUAUAAAUAGAAAAUGUUAUAGUGAUUUUGAACUGCAUGGUGUACCUGAAAACUCGUUGAAUAGUAAGACUUAUCAAACCAUAUGUAGUCGCUUACAGGUUGAAGAAGCAACCCAAUCUGUGACACAAUCUGAGAGCAGUAGUAGAACGACAUUCCUAGGAAAAGCUACAAGUAAUACCAGCGGAGAGGAAUCAGAUUAAGACACCAUACAGCAUAGAAUAACCAAUAAAAAACGGUAUUCCUUUUCCUUGUUAAUACAUUAAAUAUAUUUAUCAUCGACCUUUUGUUCAUAUUUUAUAAAUAGUUAUCGUACGUUUAUUACGACAAAUGUAUAAAUAAAUAUGUCCUUGUAUAGUUUCCCAGAUUGAAAAAAAAAUGUCCUAAAACUUGUUUUUAUUUCCUGGAAUAAUGUGGUUAGUGUAAAUAUUUUUGGGGAUUUUUUUUUGUUAGUGGAUUGUGAUGAUACGUUAUGAUAUAUAUAAACAUUGUGUGAUAUUUCCCCCCCCCCCCCUUUCAUUAAUAACUGCUCCUUUAACGUUUCUUGUAUUCACAGUUGUCUCCCCUUAGUAGAAAAUUUUAUGAUGAUUAUAAAUGCUAGUAUUAGAACAAAUGAAUGUAUGGGUCAUGAAUUAUUAACCUUUAACCUUUUAGUUAAAUUUCAAAUAAUUAGUGUAGAAUAAGUAUUAUUGUUAUAUGCAUAUGUAAAUAAACACAGUAAGAUAUUAGUCUAUUAGAUAUACUAUAUAUAUAUCAGUAAUAAUUGUGUCAAGCUAUAUAUAGAAUACUACUAGUUUUAGUUACACAAAUCAAACCUUAAAAUUGACUUAUUUUAACUGAUUUGAUGUUAAUAUCAAAAUUAUUAUGUGAAAAUAUCCAUUAUUGCCUGAUUUGGACCAUGGGGUGGAGGGGGAUCGAAUUUGACCAGUCUUCUUGUUUGAGUCGUAUUUACCCAUCUUGAUUGACAGCCAGUGAAAUUGACUGACUGAAGAACUUAAAGGGACAUUAGGUAAGAUUAGACAAAGAGCUGACAGUUCUCGCUAUAAUAGUUAAAAAAUAGAUAAUGAAAAGGGAAUAUGCUGAAAAUUUCAGUCAAAUUACUUCACUCUGAGUCGAGUUAUCGCAGUUACAAAAACAAUGUUGCCUCGAUUGUCAUUGCUACUGUUGUUAAGAUAACAAACAAAGUAUUGACUAUCCAUUUUUACGUUAAAUCAUUAACCGCAAAUCGUGUUUAAAUCUAUUGAAAAUCUAGAGUAUUCGAUGGCAUCAAGAGUUGAUUAUGGUUUUUGUUAGUUAAUUAAUGUCUAAUUGAUAAUUUAUAUAACAUUUCAGGCAUAAAGUAAGACCUGCAAUAGACAGAUUUAGCUCUUGUAUAAUUUAUGUUUAAUCAAUUUACAUGUCAUGCGAUUAGAAUUUCAAAGAAUUUAACCUUAAUUAAUAAACAGAGUUGAUCUUAUUCGAUACAUUAAAACAACAAAAGUUUUAUAAAGGGCUAUCUUUUAGUUAAAAUAAGGCGAACAAUUUUGAGUAAAUUCUUAAGUUAAGUCCAAGAAUGAUUUGUGAAACCGGGGCUUGGACUGUGCAUUGAGUAUGCUCGUGUAUCAAUAUUGUGCAAUAUAAAUAGACUAUUACUAUCAUACUAAAAAUCGUAACAUUCUUUGGGAAAAAAAACAUCUAGCUAAUCUGAAAUAAAAUGAAAUGAAAUGGGGUUUAAUGUCCUACUGUUCUGCUCCGACUGGGCAGUGUGCUAUGAGGGAAAUUUUGCCAGGGCAGCUUGACUAUGGCCUACUCUUAUAUCGAAUUCCAACUGCCAAGGGAUCUUUUACGUGCACGCCAAUGUGUACACAGGACCUCGGUUUUUCGUCCCAUCCAAAUGACUAGACAGCUGUCCUUGUCAGGCUCUCCAUCCUGCAUCACUGACAAGGGGAAACCACGCCGGAAAAUCUGAAUGAACUUUCUUGGCCAAUGCAGGGAUCGAACACCCGACCUCAAGGCUAGUGAACCAGCGUCUUACCCACUUAGCCACCAUGAUCCCCUAGCUAAUCCGAGGUAAACAUGUUGAUGUGAAAGCACUAGAUUAAAUUGCAAUUGGAAAUAGUUUUAUAUUGGUAGUCAGUAAUUAUGAAAUCUAACUAAAUGUGGCAAAUAAUAUAGAGUGAGAGUGGAUUGUCCAGUGGUUUAACCUAUAGAUCAUAAGGUCUGUCAUUGAGUCAAGUGGUGUGGGUUCGAUCCCAACCUUGUACCUGACAAGGAGUAGGAUCAUUUGUCCAGCCUCAUCUGUUUCUCCAUAGCUAAAGACCCUUACAAGCAAGUAUAUUAUUGAAAUUAAAUUGAACCAUGUGUUAGUCCAGAAAUGACAUAGUUUAUAUCGAGUGGACGUUAAUUAUUAACAUGAUAUAAAAUCGAAUCAGUUAAAAUAUCGAAUGCAGUUUAAUUAUAAAAAUGAUAUAAAAUUGGAUCAUUUCAAAUAUCGAGUGUAGGUUAAUUAUAAAAAUGAUAUAAAAUCGGAUCAGUUAAAAUAACAAGUUUUUAUUAAUAAAUGAUAUAUGUAUGUUAUCUAGAUAAGUAGAAAGAUAUUAAUUAAUUAUGCAAAUAUCCCUUGUACAUGUUCUACUACUUUCUAGCGCCCCCCUUUUCUUUAUAAAUUAGACUAACAUUCAGUGUUGUUUGUUUAAUAUGCAAAUUAUUAUUUAGGUUUUUACAUAAGUAGACAUAGUAGUAGUACCGUAGAAAUGUGCUAUUAACAGAUAAAUUUCAUCUUCUACCAUCUUUAUUAAUUAGGAAUAUUAAUUAGAAUAUUAAUCAUUAAUUCUUAUUCUUAAUGAUUAUGUGUUUCAUCUAUUAAAGAAACAUUUUUUACAGUUCAUGAAUUUUGAAGACAAAAAACAACACAAUUAUAAAUGAAUCGAUAGUGUUCUUUACAUGACAUUUAAUAAUUGGGACAUAUUUAAAUUACACACUUUUUAUGGAAUAACCAUUACUAUGGUUUAUUUCCGUGUGAUGUUUGAAGAAGAUUUCACAAGUCGUUAUCAAGCAUAUACACAAAUACAUAAAAUAGAAUUUGUAUAUAUGCUUGAUAACGACUUGUGGAAUCUUGUUGAAACAUUGCAGUGUAUUAAACCAUAGUAAUUGUUGAAAUGAAAUGAAAUGAAAUGGGGUUUAACGUCCUACCGUUCUGCUCCUACUGGGCUAAUGAAGACGGGCAUACGCCAUACAGUGUGCUAUGAGGGAAAUUUUGCCCGGGCAGCGGCACUAUCGCCUACUCUUAUAUCGAAUUCCAACUGCCAGGGGAUCUUUUACGUGCAUUCCAAUAUAUACACUGGACCUCGGUUUUUCGUCUCACCCUAAGGACUAGACAGCUGUCCUUGUCAGGUCCUGCGUUCUGCACCACUGACAAGGGGAAACCACGUCGGAAAAUCUAGAUCGAACACCCGACCUCCAGGCUAGCGAGCCAGCGUCUUAACCACCUAGCCACCGUGGCUCCCAUAGUAAUUGUUAUUCCAUAAAAAAUGUGUUAUUUAAAUCGAUAGUGUGUUUAUCAUUCAGUGAUUGGAUUCUGUCUCUAAACAGAAUUAUUGUUGAAUAUAAAGAAAUCCUAUGAAUGAAUUAUGUUACGAUAUCUUUAUUGUUUUUUUUUUAUAUAAUUUUUGUUUGUUGAAUCUCGUUUUUUUUUAUUUAUAUAUUUUUUUGUUGGUUUACGUUGAUAAUCUGUCUCUCUGAUUUUUUUCAGUAAUAAUUUAAGUUUAAUGCGUACUUUAAAUAAAUAACUAUGAUGUUUAUUCUGUCACUCAAAUGGACAAUCAUUAAUACAAUAUUAAGACAUUUAUUAAUAGAAAAAUGAAAACAAUCCUAAAUUAAAACAUCCAUAAUUUUAUGGACUCACUACUACUUCAUUUAUUUCAUGCAACGCUUCAAUACUCGUACAGGUAUCUUUAUCGAGUAGUGAAUAAAAAAUGUAUGAGCAUGACGUCAUCCCGCCAUCUUGGAAUUACGACGUCCUAUCAAAAAGUGAAGUCUCUUAAUCCAUGUGCAAUUGCCUAAGGAAUAAGCAUGUCAAGUUUCAUUGACGGAGCCUUAGGUUUUUUUUUAAAGAGCGUGUCCUCGAAGAAGAAGCACAAUGACGAGAAUAAGAUAAGUAACACACAUGGCUCACUUCCUGUUUCAAAAAUGGAUAUUAACAAAUAAAACAACACCUUGAAAUAACACAAUCGACUCAUUUAGAAUAUUGAGAUGUUGCAUCAAAUAAACGUAGAAAUAGUAAAUCCAUUAACGAUAUAUACCUCUACUUCUUAAUGUCAUUUAACAAAAAGACAGUCGUUCAUUAAGAAAAUUAUAAAUGAAUGUAUGAUAAUAUAUUUAGCAGGUUGUUGUCGUGUUUAUAGGAAACAGUAUUUGAUAUUAUGACAGAAUCAUAGAUGUCUCCAAUAUAAUUAUAACUCAAGUAUUAAAAAAUGGCAAGAUUAAGUUAGCCAUGACCAUUAUAAUAACAUUAAAAGGCAAGAUAAACUAAGUCAUGACCAUUAUAAUAACAUUAAAAGGCAAGAUAAAGUAAGUCAUGACCAUUAUAAUAACAUUAAAAGGCAAGAUAAAGUAAGCCAUGACCAUUAUAAUAACAUUCCUGUUUUUGUUGAUUUUACUUUGUAUAACUGUUUAUUUGUAUUGAUCUGUUAUUACAGUAAAUAUAUGGUGAUAUUAAUAUAUUAAUCAAACUUAUUCCAGUUAUUCUUAUCAUAACAAUGAACCUGGACCCCUACUCAUGAAAAUUUAAACUGAACUAAGAAUACCAAUCUGAUUAAAACACAGAUCCUAUUUCGUUUCAUUUUUUAUAGUUCAAAAUUUCGUUUUACUUGUCUUGACUACACUAGGAUCUGGAAGAGUUGUUACAUGUAUGGUUGAAGUGAGGGAUUAGUCAAUGAAACGGUCUGUUACGCCGUGUUCUUGGUGUGCGAUGCAUGGAACUGUGGGUAAACCACUAGAAACGCCAACGCUUGUUAAUUAAUCAAUGUCUGACAUCAUAGGGUCAAAAGCCACUUGUACGACCACUGUAGGUCAUCGAAAUUAUAAAAAUGAAACGAAAUAUAGAUCUGUAUUUUAAUCAGAUUGAACUUUUAUCAGAAAAAAACAUGUUCUUAUCGAUUUUGAUUAAUCUUUGUACACAAGGGUGUGAUUUUAAUUGUAUUUUCAAUGUUUAUCCUUUAUUUUGUAGCGAUAUCAACCUUUACUUUAUCAAAAUAAUCUUUUUUUAGUCAUCAAUGAAAUAAGCUCCUGAAACGAAUGAACUGCAUUUAAUUUGGGAGUGGGGUCACAGAUUUUUUUCAAACCCUGUUGGAUAAUUAUACAAGCGAUGAAUUUGAAUCAUUCCUUUUGAUAACAAGAAAAAACUUCAUUUAAACAUUAAAGUCGCUGAUAGUUGAAAUUUCAGUUUUGUUUUUUGAAGUGUUAAAUAUUCAAUUUAAAUAAAUUUGAGCUUGGAUUAAGAUGUGUAAAUUUUGGUAUUGUCCGAAAUAGCCAUCGAUCGUGAAACUCUGUUUUGUUAUCGUAUCCAGGGUAAUUGAGAAAUAUUGCCAGGUUGUUUUUCUAGAUUGUGUAUACUUUUUAUAUAUAUAUUAUUCCUGUUAUAAAACUUACAAUUUAUGGUAGUACUAAUAGUCAAUGUUACAAACAUUCCUUAAUUUUUAUAGUUAGAAACAUAUAUUUGUAAUAAUUUCUAUUUUACAAUAUAUAUAGCUAGCGUAGUCACAAUAAUAAUUACAAAAAUAAGGUUGUCACAAAAACUAAUAAAAUGCAUAUUGCUAGUAGCGUGCUGAUGUUUGGUGAUGCCCAGGGGUCAACUCCAUGAUGUAUGCCUAGAGCCUGGUUUGGAGAAAUGUGAGAAAAGAAGACCUUUUUAAAUAUGUAAAUUACAAUCUUAGAUUGUAUGCCACCAGAAUGGGCCAUCACCACCUCUGCCUCCCUCACUGCAUGCUACUGUAUAUUCCAAAUAGUCACAAAAAUUAAUAAAAUUAUAUGUUUUGUUACAAUUAAAGAGUCACACUUUAAUGUCAUAUAUCUGUCAGAAGAUUAAUUAAACUUUGACAUGUUAAAGAUGCAUUAUGUAAGAUUUAGAUAAAGAGCUGACGAUUCUUGCUAUAAUAGUUCAAAAAUAGAUAAUGUAAAAUGAAAAUAUUGAAAAUUUCAUUCAAAUUACUUCAUUCGAAGCCAAGUUAUCACUGUUGGUAGAUUUGACAAGAUGUGUGCAUUGUUGUAACCAGGGCACUGGUAUAUUCGAGACUUGGCCUCACUUUCCCAUUUUUAAAUGGCGAACCUUUCUAAUCUAGUUAAAAUCUUGAGUAUCCGAUGCCAUCAAGAGUUGAUUAUGGUCUUGCCAUGUUAAUAAAUGUCUAAUUAAUAGUUUAUAUAACAUUUCCGGCCUAAAGAUAGGCAGAUUUAGCUCUUACAUAAUGUAUGUUUAAUAAAUGUCUAGUUAAUGGUUUAUAUAAUAUUUCAGGCCUAAAGAAAGUCUUGAAAUAGGCAAAUUUAACUCUUACAUAAUGUAUGUUUAAUCUAUAAUAUUAAAUGUUAUUAAUUACUGUUAUUAUAAUACAAAUAUUUAUUCCGUGUAUCUAUUUACUGAUACAGUUGAAGUAUUUCUAUAUUAAAGCCGCUCAUAUCAUUUGUAUGGUUGAUUCCCUGGUUGUACAUGACAAGGAGUAGGAUCACCUGUCCAACCUCGUGGGUUUUCUCUGGGUCCUCCGGUUUCCUCCCACUGCUAAAGACCCCCAGGCGCAAGCAGAUUAUUGAAAUAAAAUUGAAUCAUAUGUUAGUCCCAAAAUGACCUAGUUUGUGUCGAGUGGAGGUUAAUCUCUCUCUCUCUCUCUUGUAAGGUGUAAGGUGUGAUAAACCAAGGUGUAAGGUGUGAUAAACCAAGGUGUAAGGUGUGAUAAACCAGGAAAUAUUUCUACUACUAACUGGAGAUUUACAUCCACUUCCAUCUUGGGUGAUAUCACAGAUAAUUGUUUCCGUGGAAACUUGGAAAUAUCUCCGUGUUAUGUUAACUGAUCAUUGGUUUAUGGUUUAAAAUUUUCUGCUUCAAAUCAAUCUUAUAUAAGGACAUAAACUCUGAAUGGUGUUGGGAAACGGAGCGGGGCGUAAAACCCUUAUUAUAACUACAUGUAAAUAAAGGGUAUUGUUGGUUUUUUUAUAAACUCUACAACAUUACAUUUGGGUUUCAUAAAAGAAGCUUUUAGAUGAAAAGGUGUAUAUUAAAUUAUUUGAAUAUGUUAUUUCUAAUCAGUACUUAAUUAAUUAUAAACAGAAAUUUGUUAUCUUGGAUUUUAGGAUAUAUGGGGGGUUACCAAGCAAAAAAUACAUGUUAUUUUUAAAUCUGAUAUAUUGCAUUAAGCGUAUAUGAAAAUAGGUUUUAUUUCUUAAUCUAUAAUAUUGUUUUACAAGCUGUGUUUCAAUGGCAUUUAGUAAUUGAACUGGAACUACACAAGUCACAAUGGAAUACAAUUACUGGAAAUACACAAGACACAAUGAAAUACAAUUACUGUUUGUUACUGGAAAUACACAAGACACAAUGAAAUACAAUUACUGUUUGUUACUGGAAAUACACAAGACACGGUGGAAUACAAUUACUGUUUGUUACUGGAAAUACACAAGACACAAUGAAAUACAAUUACUGUUUGUUACUGGAAAUACACAAGACACAAUGAAAUACAAUUACUGUUUGUUACUGGAACUACACAAGACACAAUGAAAUACAAUUACUGUUUGUUACUGGAAAUACACAAGACAUGAUGGAAUACAAUUACUGUUUGUUACUGGAACUACACAAGACACAAUGAAAUACAAUUACUGUUUGUUACUGGAAAUACACAAGACACGGUGGAAUACAAUUACUGUUUGUUACUGGAAAUACAUAAAUCACUAUGGUUUAUUUCACUGCGACAUUUCAACAAGAUUUCACUAACGACUUGUGAAAUCUUGUUGAAACGUCACAGUGAAAAAAACCAUAGUAAUUGUUAUUCCAAUUGUCUGCAAUAAUAAGACUAAAAAAUCCCAGUAGAAAGCUCGCUGUGUAGUAAGCAGUAAUUGUAUUCCAUAGAAUUUAUUGAUAAUGACUAGAGAAACCUAGUCUAAGUCGUUCAGUUAUAAGCAGUGGUUGUAUUCCAUAGAAUUGUGAACUGUAUAUUGGCAUAAAUGUGUUUAUUAUUUCUAAAUCUCUAUUAUUAUUAUUAUUAUAUCUCAAGCUAUAUCUUUAAUGUUAUAUAUUAUUUAUUAAAUGUUAAUAUGCAAAGAUGAAAAUAUCAACAAUGAUGUGCAAUAACAAGUUUUCUUUUCAUUGAUUUUUCCUGAAUUCGCAUACUAUUAAAUAGCAUUAU